UGUUGAAUGAGUGAUGUACAAUGUAGGAGCAUAGAUGUAUAAUAAGACUUACAAGCAGGCAAUGUGAAGGAGUUACUGGCCAAAAUACUCUCAGCUCGACUACAGCGCCUUUAUCCAAUGGCUAUCGACGUUACUGACCGUCAACCAAUCAGAGGCGUUGAUGCUGACAGGACUUUAGCGGGUACAUUUUCGAUCUCGACUCGACAGCAAGACAAGUAGACGAGCAUUGUUUUGGUAAAUAGAAAGUCUGGGGGAUUAAAAACACGAUUUUAUAGAGCACCUCGGACCCGUCAGUUUAACGAAUUAUGUGAUUUUAAAGAAUCCAGCAUGCGGACUUUUCUUUUGGUUCGUUUAUUUUCUUACUUCGCAAAGUCCAAGCGCUAACUAGCUGCCUGGUGCUAAUGUUAGCUAACUCUAACAGUGUUUUAACGAUGCAUCGUGGCGGACCUUUAUCUCCCUUUGUUGUCACGUCUAACUGCUCAUAAACAAGAGCAGAAACAAUCAACAUUUUGGAUGGCGGUGGCUCCCGCCUCGAUGGCGGAUAAGAUCAUAGUCCUUGACGACGAUGAAGAGGAGAGUCCUCAGCCCUCCUGUGCUACCCCCACCUCGCCCCCUGAGCAUGUCUCGCCUGUCCAAGCUCAGCAGCCAACUCCCACUCACAUUACCCAGUCUCCUUUUGCCUCAGCGAAGAAGCAAACCCAUGUUCUUCAGGCAGAGAAUGAGAGGUUGUUCACUGAGUUUGUGGAUCACUGCUCGCCCCUUACCCAGGACUGCCCCGAGGUCUUGACCUUCCUCCAAACCAAACACUCCAAGGCCUCUCCCGAGUAUCUGUCAUCCGUGGAGUUCAGGAACACCCUGGGACGAUGUUUGACUCGCGCUCAGGCCAACCGCUCUAAAACAUUUGUCUACAUCAAUGAACUGUGCACUGUACUCAGGCAGCAUGCUGCCAAGAAGAGGCAGACCCUCACUAAAGUUGAGCCCGGGUCUUCUACCUCAACAUCAAGUACUCUCCAAUCUACCUCUGUUACGCUCAAAAGUAAAGACAAGACUAAAGGUAAGAUGGAUGAGGAGGAGAAAGGAGUGAAACUGGAAGAUGAGCAACCUUCCACCUCAGGGCUGCAGGAGAACAACAAAGAGGAGGAACAAGAAGCACAGAAAAAGGCAAAGAGGGCAUCCAGGAAACAGAUAGCGUACCUGGAGAACCUCCUGAAGGUGUACAACAGUGAGAUCUGCCGACUGCAGCAGGCUGAGCUGAGUUUAGACGACCUGGGAGCUGAGGACUCUUUGUACAUCCAGGAGCACAAGCUCAAACGCAAGAUGAUGAAAAUUUAUGAAAAGCUGUGUGAACUAAAGGGCUGCGACACGUUAACAGGACGAGUCAUUGAGCAGAGGAUCACCUACAGAGGCACUCGUUAUCCUGAGAUCAACAGAAGGAUCGAGCGUUUCAUAAACAGUCCCGAGGCACAGAGGAACCCUCCAGAUUACCCAGACAUCCUCCAGCAGGUGCUGCGUGCCAACGAACGCCACAACCUUUGCCUGAGCAGAAAACAGCUGAACCAGAUAGCCCAGGACGCCUUCAGAGAGACCGGGAGUCGCAUGCAGGAGAGACGUCACCUGGACCUGGUUUACAACUUCGGCUCACAUCUCACUGACAACUACAAACCUGCUUCAGACCCAGCUCUUUCGGACCCUGCACUGCUGCGAAAGCUGCGAUCGAACAGAGAAGUGGCUCUAUCCCAUCUGGAGGAGGUCAUCACCAAAUACGCUGUCAAACAAGAGGACACAGAGGAGCAGGAGAGGAACAAACGACUGGAGAAAGACAAGCAGAAAGAGGGCAACAAAUCAGAAAAGGGAGAAGGAACUAAAGAGGUGAAUGGAGUGGCAGAGGAGGAAGAAGAAAUGGAGGAAGAAGAGGGGGAGGAGGAUGAUGAUGAUGAAGAAGAUGAAUCCUCUGAUCCAGACAUAGAGGAGGAGAUCCAGGCCAGCACUCAGCAGGAUGGACCAGACGAUGAUGAGAAUGAGGAGGACAACAGUAACGAGGCGGAGCAAGCAGGAGAUGACGCCAACAAGGAGGAUCAGACAGACGGGUUGUCAGAAAGCGCUAAAGACGAGGAAGAAGAGCCAGUCACAAGUGGACUCAGUCCUCUUACUGAUGACAGCAAGUCCCAGAUCUCUCUGUCUGACAUCCCCUCCCCUAGAGACAGCCCCAGCCAAUCAGAGGCCAUGCAGACUGAUAACCAGACGCCUCUGUCUAAUGGUAACCUUGCAGGAUUAGAGGAACCUGUGGAUUCCUCCAGUCAUGAGCCUGCAUCCAAUGGGGUGUCUUUACCCCUGUCACCAGCAGUGAUCUUAGAAAAAUGUGACAUACAGACCACCAACGGCACGUCGCCGCCGCCCAGCCCCAGAACCACGAGGAGCCAGAAGAGGAAGAGGGAGGAAAUUACGUCAGGGAACUCCCAAAAUACAAAGCACAUAAUCACACAAAACAGUGAGGUAGAUAUCUCUCUGGAUAUGGGCGUCGUUAGCUGCAAUUCUCCACAUCAGGCAGAGUCUACCCGAGCAGACACUCCGAACCAGGAACUGGUCAGCAGCUCCCAGUCGACGCCGCCUCCUAAGAAAAACAAGGUCAACGUGGCGACCCAGUGUGACCCAGAUGAGAUCAUCGUCCUGUCAGAUUCAGAGUGACCUUUGACCUCUCCGUGCACUGCAGGAUUCUUCCACUGCUCACCUUUAUUCUGGGACUGUUGGCUCGUAAGAGUAGGAGAAAGCCGAAUAGUUGUGAAAGUGCUGAUGUAAAUGCAAUCUGAACAGUCAAUAUCAAGCUCUAACAAACACAGAACAACCAGUGACAGCUGUCGAAGACAAGGAAAACCAAGUAUUAAGUACCUCAUGUCACUUGAUCACAUAUAACCAAACAAAAGCCAAGACACAUGUUUUUUUUGUAAGUAACUUAAAUAAAACGCUUGUGACUUAACACUUGAGGGAAAUCCAGAGUUAACAGGAUGUGGAUUUUUUUUGACGAUGCAGCAGUGACCUCAUCUGAAUCUUUCAGGUGAUACGACCAGUCAAGACGUCUGUUUCAGUGCAACACUACUAACACUUCUGUGGUACCGCUUGGAAGUAGCAUUGAAAGAGAGUUAAAAAUAUUUCUCCUGGGAUGACUGUCCCCUGGACUUGAACCCUGAACUUUAGUUACUGCGCUUUAGGUAAGAAACCAGUGCCUGAAAACAUGAACUGUGCAGUUGGACUCUCGACUGGCGAGGGCUGCAAUAGUUUAACCUUUUUAUAUUUUCAGUCGCUUUUUUCAUUAAAGGAGAGGGGUGUGGUGGUUUGUAUAAACGGAACUUUGAGAUGACAUUGUUUUACUUGCUGUUGCUAUUUAUGAUGUGUUUUGAGUGAGUGAGCUGUGUGGCGGUUUGUACUCUGAUGUUAGACGUGUCAACUGCGGCAAUGAUAAUAGAGUGACCGUGACAUUUUCGACUUUUCUUUUAAUGGUUCCUCGUUAAACAUAUCUCUAUUUUUAGAUUUAAAAUAAAGUAAGAUGCUUUCUUCACUCAGAACUGUGGCUGCAGCAGUCUAACAGAAUAUUUUCCAGUUUAUUUGAAUGAUGAGCCUCAUAUUUUAUGGUUUUCUUACUGUCAACAAAAGCAAAAAAGAUCAAAACUAUUGAUUAAUCUUGACUUAAUAACGUAACUUAGACUGUGGUUAACCCAAAAACUCGCUAUUGCAUCAAAUGUAGAUUAAUCCGACUCAUCAUGUUUGCUAAAAACUAGAGUGUCCAGCUGCUUCUUUUUUUCUUUAAAAAAAAGAAAAGAAAGAAACUUUGCAUUUGUGACCCAUUUUUUCAGACUGACGUCUGCAGUACGAACCUGGUCAGAAAGUGUUGAGAUGGAUAAACACAGUUUGUUUUGGUCUUUUCAUGGGGUUUGUUGACAGUAAGGAAAAUAUGGGACACUGCCAGGUUCAACAUUUCAAAACAAAAUAAAGGAAGUUCAGUAUCUCUUUAAAUGUAUCUCAGAUAGAGUUGAGUCUCGUCAUGACACAGAUGAACUCGACCUGUGUUUCUGUCCUGGCCCAGAUAUCUACAUUCAGAUCUGUUCAGCCAUUUAAAAGAUCGUAAUCAGUUUAAUGACUAAAUAAUAAAAAACAUCCUCAAAAAUUACUUUUAAAUCCAGCUUUAUUCUGUCACUACUAUCAUUAAUUUUCUGUUUUGUCAGGUACAUUCUUGUGCCCACCUGGGUAUUUGGAUGAAUUUAAACCUUAAGUUGACAUUUCUACCACAUUUAAAACAAUGUUUGUUUUUUUGUUUCUAGUUGUUUUUAUAUGCAGUAGUGUUGCGCUUAUGAUCUCCAGAGUUUAACGAAGAAUAUUUUUGUGUUCUAUGUUUUUAAUUCUGGUCCCUGCACUAGUGUGGUGAUGGUUGUCUGGGACUUUUGGUGAGGGGAAAAAUGUUAAACUUUUUCUCCCUAUAACAAUCCCUUUUUUUUUCACCUGAAACCUACUUUUAUUACAUUUUAACCACACAGCUUAACUUAUGUUUUGGGGUAAAUGUUCUUUUCAAAAUGAAAGAAGAAUGAUGAAAAUGAACGUAGACCUGGAAUGUAGUUAUCGUAGCUACGAUUUAUUGGGCCUCAUUUAUGCAGAGGAGUGAUCCAUCAUUCACUGUGAAUUUGUUUCUUUUUCAUUUUUGAUAAAAUAAAUGAUGCAUUUUCUUAUAUAA